AUGGACAUUUUAACAAAUAGUUUUUCCAAAUUUUGUUCAUUGCCACCUACAUGUAUCGUUGGGGUGACUGCAGCUGUUGGUUUUAUAAAUUAUUAUUUUAUGUUUGCAGUUAAGGCUCCCAGAAUACACUGUAAAGAAGGUGAAUUUAAAAAUUUUAUUCGUCAAAAUGUUCCAAUUAUCAAUGAAAAGUACUGGCCAACAAUGUGGUGUUUUGAAGCUAGAUUUCAAAGUGUAUUAGCAAGUUUGAUACGAUCAUUUGUAGUUCCUCCAGCACCAUAUACAAGAGAAAUAUUUAAGUUAAAGGAUGGAGGUGAAGUGGCAUUGGACUGGCUGGAACCAAUGAAACGUCCUAAUGAUAUGUAUGAUGCAACAAUUUUGUUUUUGCCUGGAUUAACAGGUGACAGUAAAUGUGAGUAUGUUCGAGCUACAUCAUUGGCCGUGCAAAAGUCUGGUUUCAGAAUUGUUGUUUUCAAUUAUAGAGGAAUUGGUGGCAUUGAAUUGAAGACUCCGAGAACUUAUUCUGCUAACAAUAUUGACGAUUUAACUGAAGUUGUUUGUCAUAUAAAAAGCAAGUAUCCAAACACAAUUUUAGGAGGAAUUGGUGUGUCUAUGGGUGGACUUUUAUUGGGAAGUUUUUUGCAAUCUAAUGAGCAACACGUUCACAAAUAUUUCUCUGCCACUAUGUUAAUUUCAGUUCCAUGGAAUUUAAUUGCAACCACACAAAAUAUAGAAAAACCAUAUUUAAAUCGUUUUCUUUGUACGUACUUAGCAAAAUGUCUUUGUAAUCUUGUUGAAAAUAGUAGCAAUAUGUUAAGUUCAUCAAGUCAUAAAUGGGAUUAUAAUCAAGUCAUUAAAAGUAAAACUAUAAGAGAAUUUGAUUCAAAUUAUACUAUCAAGUUAUUUGAACAUGAAUCUGUUGAUGAGUACUAUAAAUUAGCAUCACUCCAUGAUAAAUUGGAUCGUAUCAGAGUGCCUUGUUUGUGUUUGAAUGCUGCUGACGAUCCAUUUUGUUUGGAAUCUGAUCUGCCACUAGAAAGUGCUGAUAGCAUUGAAAAUGUAGCCAUUUUGGUUACAGUAAAAGGUGGGCAUAUUGGAUUUUUAGAAGGUAUUUGGCCAUUUACUAAUAACAAUGAAUUUAUGUUUCGUAUAAUUGACCAAUAUUUUAGCUCAAUAUUUAAAAAUAAUAACUAUAAAAAAUAUGAUGGUUAG